AUGGCUGAUUCUGGUGAUGUGAGCUACCCCAACUCGGGCAGUAAGAACAUGGUCGAUCUAAUGCUUUCUUUUUCGCCCCCUCUUUUAGGCCCGGUUGUCGAUAACGUCAAGUCUGAGGUUUCCAAGACCACUGGAGAGCUGCAAGAGCUAAAGAACUCUCGUGUCACCCCCUCUACUACAACCGAAAAUGGCCAGCCUCUGACCCACUACCAUUCCCUGCUGUACAGUCUUUUAAGCUGGGAACAACCGCGCGCGACAGCCGUUUCCUACGCCAGCAUCACUGGUUUCAUCUUUGCCGCCCGUUACCUACCCCUUCUCCGCUGGGCUUUCAAGUUUCUUUACAUGUCGUUGGGAGUGACCGCCGCUGUUGAGAUUGCUGGGCACGUCAUUCUCAAGAAGGGCAUCGCCAGCUCGUUCCGCCCCCGCCGAUACUACACAAUCCCCAAGGAGACCCACGAGGCCGUGCUCGAGGACCUCUCUCAAUUGCUGGACUUUUUCCUGAUCGAAUUCCAGCGUAUCUUGUUUGCUGAGAAUGUUGUUCACACUGUUGCAGCUUUCACCGCUGCUUUCCUUGGUUACUGGCUGAUCCGCAUCGUCCCGGUUUGGGGAUUGACUGUGAUCGGGGUGACUACCGCCUACAUUGGUCCUCUUGUGUAUAUCAGCAACCGUGAGAUCAUCGACGAGCAGAUCAAGAACCUCCAGGAUAUUGUCAGCGCCCAGACCAACCAGUUGAAGGAUCUGGCUGGCGAGCGCACCUCGCACGCCACUGGCCUGAUGAAGCAGUACGUUGGUGACUACAGCCACAAGGCCCAGGAGUACAUUGGCCGCCGCUCCGCCUCUCCCGAAAUGACCAAGCUCCCCACCCCCGUGAAGACCGAGCCGGUUGCCGAGCCUGCCAUCCAGACUGAGGACUUCCCAGAGGCCCCCAUCGUUGAGCCGAUCUCUCAGGUCGUGGAGUCGGUGGAGUCCGCCCCGCAGGCCGCGGAGCGGGAGCCUCUUCUGGCUGUUUAA